AUGCCAUUAUUGAUUACACACAACAUUGCCACCGAACUUCAUAUUUCAAAUGGGUCCAUUGGUCGUCUAGUGAAAGUUGUAUAUGAGGAUGAAGAACAACCAUAUGACACUACGGCAAUCAGUAAUCCUACAUUUCCAUCCAACACAGUUUACAGACGAAAACCAAUGUAUGCACUGGUGCAGUUACCACAAUGCAAAUUAGCAUCCGGUUUGACCGAUCUACAACCAACUUUCAUUCCCAUUGUGCCAGAACAGAAAACGAUCAAUGUGGAUCUUAAAUCAUGCUUCUCUUCUGCACAAAAAAGAUUGUUACAAAACAAAACAACCAUCACCAUCACUCGUUGUCAAUUACCAAUCAUUCCUGCUUAUGCAUUGACAACGUAUAAGUGCCAAGGCAAAACCUUAGAAUCUGGUGUGAUCGAUAUUGUACCUCCACCUUAUGCCAAGCCUGACCUUGCUCAGACGUACGUACCAAUAUCACGCUUUACAAGUUUAGAAGCGAUGGUGAUCCUCAGACCAUUUCCUCGUUCUAUUCUGAAUCAAAAACCUCAUCCUGACAUGAAAGCUGAAUUGCAGCGAUUGCAGUCAAGCGAUCCCAACUGA